UCCUCUGGCGUUGCCUCGCGACAAUGGCAACACGACGAUCGGCGUAAGGAGCCUCUCGGCACACCGUCGUCAUCGGAGAUUGAGCUCUGUGAAAUUAUACCGGUGUCAAUCCUCGCUUCACAGGGGGUGGUAGACGGACGAAGAGAUAGAGGGCGGGAGAGAGACGGAGAGAAGGAGAUAGGGCGACGGAGGGAGGAAGAGACGAGAGCGAGAGCCGAUCGAUGCAUUGAGGCGCCUAGCAGCCAGGCUCUCCCCGAGCUCAGCCCCGUUCACCCCUGCUUUGCCCCAGUAUAUGGCCUGCAGCGCGGCUUCCCUCCGGGGAAAGUAUGUGGCGUGUGCAGUUGCGCAUCGACCUCCGGGGCGUGCACAGCGCGCUCCUCAGCGUGCGGUGCAGCGAGAGUGAGUCGCAGCAGCGCGAGAGAGGCGGGGUUUUCCGGCGUCGCUUUGUCAAUCGACAAGAGGCCCAGUCACGACCGAUCCCGCGGUAUUAUGAGCGAAUCGGCAAUGCCGUCAGUGACGGCGAUUGCCGUCGGUCGCGAGCCGCGACUCUCGCUCGGAGACCGCGCGUAGUUUCUCUUCUCGGACUCUCUUCUCCUCUUCGCUCGCCGCAUGACAUGAUGCCGCGCAUUGUCUCCUCGUCCUCGGCGAUUCGAGUCACCCUCACGUGGGAAUUGUCACUGUGAUGCUCGUUUCACUGACGAACUAUUAUGGAGAUAGCUGAUGCCGGAGGGGGCAUCGACGAUGUUAGACGCUUUCGACUGAGCCUCGUCGGUAUCGUCUCGCUGUUGCUGAUCGACGCGUCGUGCGGCAUCGGUGUCAGCGGCACCGGAGGCGGCGGCGGCGGCGGCGGCGGCGGCGGCGGCGGCAGUGGUGGCGGUGGCACCUGCGGUCUGGCUGAAUUGAGGUGCAACGACGGCCACUGUGUGCCAAUAGACGCGUAUUGCAACGGCGAGGAUGACUGCGGUGACGGUAGCGACGAGCCGGCGAUGUGUACGCCGUGCAACCGCACGUAUCACGGUCGCGAAGGUCGCACGUACAAGUUGGAUCUGCCGCGGCCGGCCGAGGAGCGACUGCCGUUCCUUUGUCAUCUGACAUUCACUGCCGCCGGCCAGGGCUAUGGCGAACUAGUGCAACUGCUGUGGGACGCCUUCAGCGUAGGUCGCGUCGAUCCGAACGCCGACAACUACUUCACCAGUUGUCCGGAGGGCUCGCUGCAGUUGGCUGAGUUGGGUCGACACUUCACCGGUGGCUCGUGGUGCGGCGUAGGCGAAGGUCGUGCUACCUAUUACAGCGAGACCAGUACCGUCACCGCGUCCAUAAGAUUGUUCCACGCGCCGUCGACGGUACCGUUCGAGUUCCGAUUGCGUUACCGCUUUGUCGCACGCAACGAGGCGGUCGCACGCCUUGGCAAACCAGAGCUACCGAUCGAGAGGGGCUCGCCUGUACCCGGUACAUACUGCUCGCGCAACUUCUACGAGUGUCACCUGAAGCAGUGUCGGUUGCAGAGUCCGAAUUAUCCGGGCGAAUACCCUCGUAACGCUAGCUGCCUCGUCACCGUGCGCCAAAAGGAGGUGCCCACCUGCAAACAUGCCAUGAUAUCGGUGAAGAACACACCCACCGGUCCGACCGGUCUCAGCACCGUCAAUACGAGUCUCAGCGUUUGGCAGGAUUGUCCCGCGGAAAAGGAUCGUCUGAUCUUUCGCGACGGCGCGCGCACCGAGGAUCCUAUCCUCUUGAUCUACUGCGGCGGUCCGUUGCCGCAGGUCACCGCACGUGGACCAGCCAUGCAAGUGGAGUUUCGCAGCUCACCCGUAGCUAUAGCGCUAGGCGCGUCCGCCUUGCGACUGGAGCUCGAGCUACGUGUCAUCUAUGUCGACUCGGACGGCUUGGACUACGCCAAGGGCGCGCAAGGCUGUCACUUCUUCGUCAACGGUACCAGCAAGAGGAGUGGCAGCAUACGCGCGCCGUUGCACGCGUUACCACCCAACUCCAGUUGCACGUGGAACAUCAAGGGCGCCACUGGAGACCGCGUCUGGAUCUACUUCUCGUCAUAUUCACAGCGCGACUUCACCAGCAACGGCGAAAACAAUGCGAGCGCACAGUCGGAUCCGACGUGCGCGGUGAAACUUGUCUUCUGGGACGGCGCGCCAAACAGCGGUCAACCGAUGGCCACGUUGUGUGACGAUACGCCCAGGUUGUGCGCACACGCGGCGCUACGGAACAUCACCAGGAGCACGAGGCCAUGCACCGAGGACGAGAGCUACCUGACGACCGCGCCGAGCUUGACGCUACGAAUGGAGACCAUACUGGGGACCGCACUCCAUCCGAUCAACUUUCAUGCACAGUACGAGUUUGUUUCUACUCUUCAAGCCGGUGAACCUUGGGGCGACGGCAUCUGCAGCCGAAUAUGGCGCAAGGCGCGCGUGGGAGAGGUGAUGUCGCCGCGCGACGUACGCCUGUACGGUCGCGGUGGUUCCAGCAAGCUGGACUGCAGGUAUCGCAUCGAGGCUGGCAACGGUGAGAGGAUCCGCUUGACGUUGCACAAUGUCAGCUUGGGUGAGUCCACCGUGUGCGUGAGCGAUCCCGAUCCGCACACAGGUCGACCGCGCUGUGUUCAGGAGACAGGAUCCAGAGAAGCGCGUCUCGUUAUCUACGAGGCGCCGUGGCGAGACGUGAAACUCGCGCGAGCGUGUCUGUGUGACAACACGUCACACCUGCCGCUCAUCUACGUCUCAUCCGGUAGAGCCCUCGAGAUCACCUUCGCGGUAGACCAGCAAGCACCGCACGAAGACUUCGAGACGCUUUUCUUCUACGCCAGCUUCGAGCUCAUCCGCGUGCCGGAAUGUCCGCGGAAGCAACGGAUUCGCGGUGAAGGUGGUGAACUGAGAUUCGUGACUCCUCCCUUGUCAAGACCGGACAUUUACUGCGAGGGUCUUCCUUGGCUGGUGGAGGCGCGUGAGAAUCGCUCGCUCUUUGUCCUCACCUGGGGUUGGUUUCUACCAUUAGAGCCGCCUCUCGUCACCGCUGAUGCGCCAGUGUCCGAUCAGGUGAAAUGUCCGACCACUAAUCGGAUCCUCCUCUACUCCGGAUGGCCGCCGAGGCUACUGAAAGUGGUGUGCCCGGCCGAACCGGGUGCUCGCGAGUUCACCGUGCAUGUGUUCUCCGAGGAGUGGUUGGGUAGCGACGAGGGUAAGCGACCGGGCCCUCCCCGACCGCCUGCUUUGUUGUUGGACUUCGUAGCGCGAGAGCCUGGUCAAGCAGCUGCCUCGUGGCUCGAGAUCUCCAAAAGUCGUGCUGCGCUGCGCCGGCAGCUACGUCUUCCUGAGAGAGGUGGUAUCGAGAACGAGACCGUGCCGCACGGCGACUGCCCGCACAAAUGUCCGGAGCUGGGCGCGUGCAUCGCCGCGAGUCUCUGGUGCGAUGGCCGUGCUCACUGCCCCUCCGGUCACGACGAGGCCAACUGCGGUAACGGCGCGAGACUGCUCGGACUAUUGCCACCCACCAUGUGGCUCGUGGUGGCCGGCGUCGCCGGAAUUGUCACUGCCUUCGCGUGCCUAUUCACUAUUCUUAUUAGCAGAUCCAAAGCUCGCACAAAGAGACUUCAUUACAAAGGAACGAAGAAAAGCAAUAAGCCGCGACGAGCACCGACGGAAGAGACACUUCUCGGCGCGGCAUCCUGACAUCAGCAGCCCGGCUUCGUGGAGUACAUCCACGUAGACCGGGAAACUACUGUCUAGCGACGCUAUUCUGUGCUUCACCGUCCAAUAAUAACUUUACUCGUUAUAAAUCUCCCCAGGUGCCAUAUAACGUUCGCGAGCGUGGCGAACCCGAGUAUUCCGCCACGCUUCUUUCCCGUUUAUUUGACACGAAACUUUGCUCCCUCGUAUGCGUACAUACGUAUCGACUGUCGUGGACUUCGAAGCGAAACGAAUCUAUCCACCGAAUGUCUUCUGUUUGCGAUAUUAUUGACAUACUUAUUUCCAUAGUGUUAUCUACAUAUUUAUUAAUUAUACAUUAUGCGCUGUUACCUCUUAUAUAGUUCAUACAACAAACAGACACAUACACACACAACAUACGAGUCUCUCGACCUAGGUAUAGUAGUUUGAAACAUGUCGUCAUCAGGACGGAAAGUAAAUCUCGAAACGUGGCACUCUGGUAAAGUGCGAGAUCUAUCCUCUAAACGCUAUUACCUGAAGACAUACAUGUUCGCUGACGCGUUCAUAGCGAUAAUUAUUUUAGAGACUAGAAAGGGAAAUGGAAGCGGGCUGUAUUCCUCGCGAGUUAUUCUAACAAAGAUAAAUAUAUAAAUAUAUAUAUAGAGAGAGAGAGAAUGAGAAAGAGAUAUUAGAAAGCCGAAAUCACAAAAGUACGAAGAUCGUAUAUUUCAGAAUUAUUACGGCUAAUGAGAUUAAUUGGAUAAUGUUGAAGUAUAAAGUGUGUAGUUACUAAUGAAGAGAACACAGGUCAGGGUUCGUAGAUUAAAUAUAUACAUAAAUAUAUAUAUAUAGAGAGAGAGAGAGAAAAUGUGAAAAGAUGCUCUGCCAGAGAGAACUCACGGUUCGCGGCGGAAGAUAUAACAAAUAUACUGCCUUUUUGACACAUGGGAUAUUCUAGUGUCAAAAAAAAGAAGGAAAGAAAGCAAAUGCGUUCGCGUUCCCUGUUUGGAAGGAAAAAAAAAAAGAGUUCCCGUCGUUUGUUCGGACCUUAAAUAAAUAUCGCGCACGACAAAUUGUUUUGUCUCUUCGUGUCUGUAUCUUCCAGCAAGAUAUAUUAUUUUUAUAUAUCAUUAUAUAUUGUAAAAUAAUACAUAUAUCGUCAUUAACAUUUAUUUGACGUUUCGAUUGGUUGACACGGUAACCGACGCGCGGUGGUUUGUGUUCACAGCUCGGUCGCAUUUAGAGGCGGAAAGUAUCUCGAUACCGGAAUAUAUAUCUCUAGAUAUACAAAUACACAUAUAUAUAUAUAUAUAUUUAUUUAUUAUACGCGUAAGAUAUUUGUAUGAUACAUAGAACGUAAGGAAAGCGUGUAGCGCUAGAGGAAAGUCUAAAGUCGCAUUCGUUAUAUUCAGAAGCAAUAUUCUAAAAGCGACGAAGACAACAACGUCGCAGUUCAUGCGCGCGAUUCAAGUUUAACAAUAUGACUCUUCGCUUGACAUUUUGGACAAACAGGUAGACAAAAAGAGACAAAUAGACACAGGUACUAUGACAUCACGCGAACGCAAGGAAACAUUCUCUUGCAUCCGCGUCUCAAACAACUCCAUUACUCUUAUAUAGGACUCACAUGAGACUUCAAUAAUGCUUUUUAUUUUCGGCUAGAAUAUUUUAGCCUGAGCGUAUUGCAUCUACAUAUUCUUGUAUCAUUCCAAAGCAUAGCAAAAAAAUGUUACACCAACGUUAAAGUUAAGAAGCUUUGAAUUAUGUUGCUAAAGAUAUGGUAGCAAUGUUAUCUCAUUAUCUUUCAGGACUUUUAACAAAUCUUUUAAUAAACUCGGACAUUAAUACAAGGUUUCCUUGGCUGAUUCAAAGUUAUCUUGUGAUUACGUUAAUAUCGUUUCAAUAUCUAUCAAAAUAUAACUACCUUGCUAUUUUAAACUGAUGUUUUAGUAAUGUUAACGUGCUACUCUCCGCGAUAGAGAUAAUUAUUACAACAUUGUGUUCUCAUGCAAAACAAACUUAAUUAACUGAGAUAUAGCAACAAUUUGACUAAUAAUAACAUUGACUUUUAAGCCACGUGGGAUGACCAUGUUGGUUCUGAGAAGAAUUAGGAUUCAACUACAUUAAAUGCAACAGUAAUAUACAUAGUGAAUGCAUAUACGCGUUAUUACUGUUGCAUUUAAUGUGCUGAUUCUUCUUAAAAUUAACAGUCAUGAUAUACAAAAAUAUGUAGAUACAAUGCCAAAAUAUCCUGGCCGAAAAGGGAAGGCAUUGUUAGAAUCCUUGUACCUUUCACUUCAUCUCAGAAGAGUUUCCAUCGAUCUUGUAUAUAUCUUAUACACCGCGACAUCUCGGCGCGCUCUUUUCCUCUCCGAUACAAACGUGUACAUGUGUAUAUAUAUAUAUAUAUAUAUAUAUAUAUAUAUAUAUAUAUAUACAUAUAUAUAUAUACACAUACACACAUUAUAUAGGACGUUUCAAAACUUGAUUGUCAAACUUCCAAAACAAACUUUCGUGAUACGAGCGUGCCGCGUAUCAUAUCGUCAUUGUUCACUUUCGUCAAACACGUCCUUGCGACAGGUGGAGAAGGAAAAGGAGGAUCGUAAAUCGUAUCGAUGUUCGAUCGCUCGCGCGACGUUGUGGAAGUUUGCCAGAGGAUUCUGAAUAUUUCCUAUAUGUUAAUUUUAUACUAUACCAUACAUAGAGACACGUACGAGAUUACAUUAGUGCGCAAUGUAUGCGUACGCGGGGUGCACCGAGAGCACGGCUUUAUCCUUUUCGAUUAAUCUUUUCGAUUAAAUUAAACUCGAUCGAGGGCCGAGCGAACAAUUCGGCGGGACACUUCACGUACGUAUAUAUGCAUAUGCAAGUGUAUAUAUGCAUAUACGUAUUUACAGUAGAUAUUAUAUAGAGAGAGAGAAUUAUGCACCGGACCAGUAAAGACUAUUAGAGGAAACAUCUCGAGACGCGUAAACGCUCAACUCGCUCAUUAUUCGAACCGCAGUAUUAUACGGUAAAGCGUCAAACUACAUAAAGCACUGUGCCACUCGUGUAUACACACCAAUUUCAAUAAAAGCGACAGUUCUUGUAGGAAA